AUGAGCAUCGGUACGAAUUCCGAAUCGGCAAGCACGUCUGCUGCAGGAGAGCAUGACGGCGACGAUGAAGAACGUAAAUUGAAGUUCCUGCAAUGCGCAGACAUCAAGAUAAACGAGAAAAUUUCAGAAUACAUUCAAGUUGGGAAUCUCGGAGACUAUAAAGAUGAACUGACACCUCUUCUAAGUCCGAAACAUGUCCCUCUAGUUUUGGGAAAAAUUACAAAGGAGGCAGCAAUCGCUACACACUCAGCCCUUCAUGGAGGAAUGUCACCGGAAAAAGAGCAACAAAUUCGAGAGAUCUAUGAUCGGCUUGAUAUAGACAACGAUGGAACAAUAGACAUUCGCGAUUUGACUCUUGCUCUCAAGCACGAAACCCCUCACAUUCCAUCAAAUCUAGCCCCUGUUAUCAUGUCGAAAAUGAGUCCGGAUGAUGAAGGCCGAGUUGAUUUUUACAGUUUUUCGAGUUACGUUCUCGAGAAUGAACAGAAACUGGCUGAAAUGUUCGCCGAUAUGGAUCGCAAUCAUGAUGGAUUAGUGGAUGUUGUUGAGAUGAAAAAUUAUUGUAAAGAUAUCGGAGUUCCGUUGGAUGAUCAGAAAGCACAAGAUAUUGUUAAUAAAAUGGAUCAAACAGGAUCAGCAUCUGUUGGUCUAAAGGAGUUUCAAGACUUCAUGCUCCUCUAUCCAUCAUCAGAUCUCAAAGAUAUUGUUGAUUUUUGGCGGCAUAAUCUGAUUAUUGACAUCGGAGAGGACAGCCAAAUUCCUGAAGAUUUUAGUCAACAAGAGAUGCAAGAUGGUAUCUGGUGGAGACAUUUGGUUGCAGGAGGCCUAGCUGGCGCAGUGUCACGAAGUUGUACAGCUCCAUUCGACAGAAUCAAAGUGUAUCUUCAGGUCAACUCAUCAAAAACAAAUCGACUGGGUGUAAUGUCAUGUCUGAAGCUUCUUUAUGCCGAAGGUGGAUUAAAGUCACUAUGGCGAGGGAAUGGAAUCAAUGUGGUCAAAAUCGCUCCCGAAAGUGCUAUCAAAUUCAUGUUUUACGACCAAUUGAAACGGAUGAUUCAGAAGAAGAAAGGCAGUCAGGAGAUAAGCACAAUUGAAAGGUUAUGUGCAGGAUCUGCUGCUGGAGCUAUAUCUCAAUCAGCCAUCUAUCCCAUGGAAGUGAUGAAAACUCGGUUAGCACUCAGAAAAACUGGCCAAUUGGAUCGAGGAGUCAUACAUUUUGCGCACAAAAUGUACACGAAGGAAGGAAUACGAUGCUUCUACAAAGGAUAUCUUCCGAAUCUGAUUGGAAUCAUUCCCUAUGCUGGAAUCGACUUGGCCAUUUAUGAAACAUUAAAAAGAACCUAUGUUCGAUAUUAUGAGACGAAUUCCACCGAACCCGGAGUUUUAGCCCUGCUGGCAUGUGGUACAUGCAGCUCUACAUGCGGACAACUCGCCAGUUACCCUUUCGCUCUUGUUAGAACGCGAUUGCAUCAUCGUUAUACCACCCAACCUGAUACCAUGUUCGGACAGUUCAAGCAUAUUGUACAAAACGAAGGGCUGACAGGAUUAUAUCGAGGGAUUACUCCAAAUUUUUUAAAGGUUUGUUUCCUUUUCCGGCUAUUCGAUUUCCAUUUAUUUCAAAACAGACUCGACUGGAUGUAUAUGUGGUGUGCGCUGUAUCAAAUCAAUCCUUGGCUCAUCACUUCAAACAAAAUUUCUCUGAAAGCUCAGCUGAAAAAACUACCUGGAGCUGGCUUUGGAAUGGCAGCUGCUCAAUUCGUCUUUUUGGAAAGAAAUGCAGAAGUGGAUAAAAAGUCGUUUGACGAUGCUAUAGAUUAUUUCAAAAAUAUUGAUAAGAAAUAUCAAAUUUUGCUGUUUCCGGAAGGAACAGAUAAAUCAGAAUGGACCACUUUGAAAAGUCGAGAAUUCGCGAAAAAAAAUGGACUUCGAAAUUUGGAUUAUGUUCUGUAUCCGAGAACUACUGGAUUCCUUCAUUUGCUGAAUAAAAUGCGAGAGCGAGAAUAUGUGGAUUACAUCUAUGACAUCACCAUUGCAUAUCCCUACAAUAUUGUGCAAUCAGAGGUUGAUCUUGUUGUGAAAGGAGCAAGCCCACGAGAAGUUCAUUUCCAUAUUCGAAAGAUUCCGAUUUCUCAAGUCCCAUUGAACGAACAGGAUGCUAGUCGAUGGCUGACAGACCGAUGGACAUUGAAGGAACAAUUACUACACCAAUUCUACAGUGAGGAGCAACCAAUCAAUAGGCAGUUUCCAGUUGAAAGAGGCGAUGGGGUCUGGAGAAGUUGGAAAGAACCCCGACGUCAUUUCUAUGUAAAAGUAACAGCUCUCUGUUUCUGGACUCUCGUCAUUGGCUUCUGUUCCUAUCACAUAUUCUUCGUGAGAACCCUACAACUUGGUUUCUUAUACUUCUUCAUCAUAAGUACGUUCCUAAACUGGAAAUACGGUGGAAUAGACAAAUUCAUCAUUGGCAAAUGGCAGACUUCUGAUGAAGCGAGAUCCUCGUCAUCGUAA